AUGACUGCUAGUUAUUUUGACAACUAUAGCUCACAUCCCAAUGGUAGAAUUUGGAUGUCUUGGGAUAAUAGUAAAAUUGAGUUGAGGUUUAUGGAGUGUUCAAGUCAGCACCUUCACUGUGGGGUCUAUUCUUUAAAGGGUGAUUUCCUUUUCUGGUUGACAGGGAUCUAUGCUCAUAAUCAGCUUGACUUAAGAAGAAGACUUUGGAAGAAUAUUCUGAAUAUCCAUGCGAAGCAAACUGGGCCUUGGUGUAUUAUAGGGGAUUUUAACAAUGUGUUAACUGCCCAAGAUAGAACUGGAGGGAAGUUGGUUCAAGUUGUAGAAUAUGCUGACUUAGAGAAUAUGAUGCAAAUCACCCAGCUGUCUGAAAUGGAUAGUGUUGGAGAUUAUUAUACCUGGUCAAAUCGUCAGGUGGCUGGAACAAUUUAUUCUAGGAUUGAUAGGGCGUUAUGUAAUGUGGAGUGGUUCUUGAAGUAUAGUGAUCAUGUCCUGAAUAUUCUGCCUCCCAAUCUUUCUGAUCAUUCAAUGUUGUAUGUCAAAGGUCCAAAAGUGCAGAUGAGAAAUAACAGAUUUAAAUUCAACAACUACCUCUUGGAAGUAGCGGGUUUUCAGGAGAUGGCUCAGAAUUCAUGGGUGAAACCUGUUAGAGGUGAACUUAUGCAGGCCCUAUGGUUGAAACUUAAAAGGUUGAAAUAUGCAGUGAAGGAAUUCAGCAAGAAUGUAGGGAAUAUCCAGACUAAAAUUAAGGAAACCAGAGAUAAUCUUCAUACUGCUCAAGCUGCCCUUGCAUCCAAUAGGAAUGGUAGUAAUUUGAUUGAGGAAAUAAAAGGCCUUUCAGCUGAUCUUAUUAUAUAUCAUGAGUUUGAGGUUGCUAGACUCAUCCAAAGGACCAAAAUCAACUGGAUCAGAGAUGGUGAUGAAAGUUCAAAGUUUUUCUUUGCUUAUCUCAAAGCUAGAUAA